AUGACAAAAGACUAUAAAGAUGGACUCUUCACCAUUAUUGGGGUCGCAACCGGGGCAGUUGGUGCAGUUGUAUUGGCUCCGGUGGCGCUCACCAUGGCUGGAUUCACCUCUGCUGGUAUAGCAGCGGGUUCUCUGGCUGCCAGCAUGAUGUCAUCAGCAGCCGUCGCCAGCGGGGGAGGAGUGGCUGCGGGGAGUUUGGUCGCGCUCCUCCAGUCAGCAGGUGCUGCUGGGCUGUCUGCAGGUGUGGCAGCAGCCGUGGCAUCUGUGGGUGGAGCAGCAGGUGCUGUAGUAGGUGGAGCUGCAGAUUUGCUUUCUCGUUCCAAGAGUUCACCUUCACCUGGGGAGGAAGGCGAUGAAGAGGAGGAAGAGAUUGAGAUGACCCAAGAGCUUAUGCUAAAAUAGAUCCUCUGUUAAUAACCGAUGAUAACAAUGUAUUUGUGUGAGCACUUUGUAGUUACAGUAGCCUAUAUAUCAAUUUUAUGCACCUGUUAU